UCUGUCGCACCUGGUACUACAUCACCACAGUCGAGGUACAGGAACCGACAGCUCUCAGUAAGGUGACUCAUUUUCAAUCGUUGUUACAGCGAAAGACUUUAAUCCUGAGAAGUAUGCCGCUCUUAGCAGAAUACUCUGCAGGAUGUACGUCAAACACGGCAGUCCGGUAAAAAUGAUGGAGGCUUACAUCACCGUCCUCACCAAAGGCAUCUGCCAGAGCGACGAGAACGGAUCAUUUCUAAUCAAAGACUACGACGUUCGGAAGGCGUAUUUGGCCGGUUCAGUCAAAGACGUGGUGUCUCAGUUCGGUAUGGAGACCAUCAUCCUCUACACCGCCCUCAUGCUGAAGAAGAGGAUCGUGGUCCAUCACCCUCGUAUCGAAGCGCUGCUGGAGUUUACAAGAGUUCUUCCGGCUCUGACGUGGCACAGGAAGGACUGGUCCAUCCUGCAUCCAUAUGUGCACCUGACUGAAACUGAACUGGAGGAUUUAAGCAGAUGCCCUGGGUACGUAGCAGGAUUCGUCGACCCGGAGGUGAGCAACAGAUCGGAUCUGUUUGAUGUGUACGUCAACCUUCCAGACAGCGUCAUCACCGUGUCCCAGAGCGCCAAAGAGGCCAUGGCCAUGGGGAAGCUGCACAAAGACAUCGGCCAUCUCAUCGUCCAGUCGGCUGAGGACACUGACCGCUCCGACAGUCAGGUCAUUAAGGACAUUUCAGUGAAGACCAAAGAGAUUCUGUCCAACCUGGUCUCCUUGGCCAAUGAGUGCGACGACUCCAAACUCACGCUGGACGCCCUUUAA